AUGCCAAUCAUCAUGUUUGUCAAAUAUAGAUACAUGUACAACCGGAAGGAAUCAAAGAAAAAUCAAAAGACGGAGCGCCGGCUUGUUGAGAACAGAUCUCCCACAAUCCCGAAUGUGUUAAAUUUAGCAGCACCCAGCACAGAUAAUUUCAAAUGCGUUACAUAUAAAGGCAAGGGCUUUAUCAGCACGCCUAUCUGCGUAUAUGAAGCUGACGACGAUCAGAUAAUUUCUGCUAAUUUAAUUAGAGGUAAGGUUUGGCAGAGUGACUUAGUCAGUAUAUUUCGCUUGAUUCUUAAUGCAGACCCCGAGCUCGAUUUCGUAGACCUCGGAGCGAAUUUGGGACUGUGGACAGUAGUUGCUCUCGGUCUUGGUAGGCGCGUGAUUGCCGUGGAACCAUUCCCGCCCACGGCCCACCGUCUUCGUCGGACUCUGCAAUUAGGACACUUUGAACCCAGAGUGACCUUAGUGACAUCCCCUCUAUCAAAUGUCUACCAAGAUGUCGUGUUUGAAAUGGAUGGUAAAAACAUCGGUGGAACCAGAAUCAAGGAUAGUAGAGAAUCAUCGGUAAAAGAUGAGCAAAGGAAGCUCAUAAAGCGCACAGCCACCAUGGACGAUCUAGCCCGUAUCAUACCUGCCUCGUUUACCAAGGCUUUCAUGAAAAUGGAUAUAGAGGGAUCAGAGCUUAAAGCUCUGAAUAAAUCCGACAAGUUUCUCGAAGUAGUCAAUGUCCCCGUGAUAACACUAGAAUGGCGGUUUUUCAAAUCAAAAGUGUCGAGUCCGGAGGUGCGAUAUUUUGAAGCUUGGUUCACACGUAUGGGAUACAAGCCAUACUUGAUGACACUGAUAAAGAAACAGUUGAAAAGUUUAUCCCCUAGGACCCAUGGGUUCAGAGCGAAGGUGGAAGCGCAUUGA